CAUGCUCAGCGCACCAUACAAACAGACAAGCAUAUCCACAUCCACUAGCGGGAAGCUGAGCUUGAGUACACACAGUUAUCUACUGUUACACUGCAGAGAUGCAAAAGAGCAAAUUUCACCGGUGGAGGACAUUUACUGAAAAGAAGCAGCACUGAGAGAGUUGAAGACAAAAAAACCUUCAAAAAUUGUUGGAUAUUGAAACUGGGAAGAGAUAUGGCCGACCUUGUGCCAGGACUACUCAUUUGUUUGAUGGCAGUGCAGACCAUUCAGCAUGAUGGAAACAGAACCAGGACCAAAACCAACAGUUCACUUGGAGUGAUACCAAAAACCUUCAAGGGGAGCAGAUCUAAACAUAAUCACACUAUCCGAGGGCCGACCCUGCUCUAUCCCAGCACAAAGCCUUGGCUGUAUGCGAGCUCAGAGGAGUCAGUGACAGCGUAUACCACAGGGGUCCUCAGCACCUGGGUCAUACCUUCAUCAUACAUCCUGGCCAUGCUGGUGGGUAUCCCUGCCAACGCCUACAUUCUGGCCUUCCUGAGACUCAGAGCAAAGUCAUUCUCUACAGUAGUUCUUUAUCUGAACCUGGCCUUGUCCUACUUGCUGCUCCUGCUCUCCCUGGCACUGCGUAUUCACUACCACUUCAACGGAAAUGACUGGAUAUUUGGGGAAAUCUCCUGCAGGCUCAUCACAGCAUUGUUUUAUGGCAAUGUUUACUGUUCAGCUCAAACCAUAGCAUGCAUCAGUCUGAAGCGCUACCUGGCUGUGGUCAAACCGUUUUUGUACAGAAGGCUUGCAAAGACUAAACUGGCAGUGGGGACGUGCUUGGUUGUGUGGUUCCUGCUCGGGGCUGCUAUUGUGCCUGAACUCCUGGUCAGGCAGAGCUACCAGGUUGCCCACCUGGGAGUCACCACUUGCCAUGAUGUACUUCCCCUAGAAGACAAAUCCCAUUCCCCGCUAGUGCCAUACAGGCUGAUGCUGGUUUGUCUGGGCUUCAUAGUGCCCUUCCUGAUUUGUGUUUAUGCCCAUGUGGCAAUGGUAUACCACCUAGGGCAAUCUCGGUGUGACUGGAGACCAUUUAUCAGGGUCAGCACUCUUGUUUUCAUCAUCUUUGUGGUGUGUUUCUUGCCCAGCAGCAUCCUGCACAUCGCCCACUACAUCCGUCUGUUUUCUAAUGGGGACGACAGACUGUAUGGAUACUACAGAGUAGCAGUGUGUCUCUGCUGCUUCCACAGUUGUCUGGAUCCCUUCCUGUGUAUGCUCAUUUCCAAGACGGCAGCCUCAGAACUACAAUUUAUUUCCCUCCACGGGAUACCACAGAGACCGGCUGUUAUGAUGUGAGACUGGAAAACAACCUCCUUGCUGGACCAUUGUUCAGAAUUAGCACAGGGUUGUUGGGAACCAGCAGGGAAGCACAAGCCCACAAAAAUUAAAACUGGACACUGUGAAUUUAAGUGGGUAAUAUUGCAAUCUCUGUUAGGUCCAAAACAACACCAAGCUCUAUGAAGUCAAUUUUCAGGAAAGGAACAUUUAGAUUGUGAAACCUAAACAAGCCUAUUAUGCAAUGCAGAAUUAAAUACAAACAACACAUGAACAAUUACUCUUUCCAGUUUAAAAAGUUCAACAUUAAGCAAUUCAGAUUUAACUCAAUUUACAGUCACAAUACCUGACAGAGGAGUUGCUUGGUAUGUUGUAGGACAUCAUGGUAGUGUUUGGCUGUGGCUGGGUUCACCCCUGUCAACUUGGCUGUAGGGAGGAGCAGGGCUGAAAGCGUCUGCUGAUGGUCACCUGAGUUAAGUGCCUCAUUGAUCUCAGCUAUAGCUAUGAUGCCUGGAGUUAGAAGACAAGAAUAAUUUAAUUUAUUGUGUGUUUUCAAAAAUCCUCAUUGUUGGAUCACACCUAAUAUUAAACAUGUCCACAAGCUACACCACAUAAAACAUAACCAAAAAUCUGAAAGACUUUCUUACGCUCAUGCUCCUCAUGGACCUGAACGUUGACUGUGUCGAUGCAUUUUUGAACAUCAUUCCAGGUGAGAAACUCUUGGCCCUGGGCAAGCGUCUCCAUUCGCUGUUUGAUAAGAGUGUCAGCAUACCUGAGGGAGAGUGCCAUGAAGAGGUUCAACAAUGUUUCAUGACACUACAGUGAAUGAACCACUACUCAUCAGCUCAUCCUAGUGCAAAAUAACAAUGAGGAGAGGACUACAGUGGAGUGCAGUGACAUCCUAAAGACAUCGUUCUUGUAAUAUCUUCUCACUUAAUGUAUCUGUCUCUGUUCUGUGUUUAUGCACUCUGCAAUCAAAGUAAUUUGUUGCUCUUAAAACCAUAUUCUAGCACCAUAAUUUAACUUCUAUGAAUACCACAGUUACUGCAACAACAAAAUAGUAAUCAUAGAAGGGAACAGGAUUACCACUAGCAUCAACAGACGAGACAGCAGGGCGAUCAGGAGUCUGAACUUAGCAACAGUCCACUGGAGAGGUUAUGGUUCAGUCUCUUGCCAAAAGAGAAGCCUACUGCCACCAAGCUGCUGCCUAAUAGUAUACAUUUGGCUUAUCGACUGGUGUUUGUAGCACUUGUUUUAUGUACUGCCAAUGCCACCAUUUGCUGCCACAGCUAUCUGUCCUGUAGCCAGCUUACCUGUUGAGGUUGUCUUGGUCCAUGUUGGUGAAGCCCAGAGGAGAGUCUGUCAGUUGCUCAAUCACAGCCUGAGGGUCCUUUGUGUCCAGCACCUCGUUCAGCACUGCUACAGCUGACAGCAUCUCCACAGCUACACUCAGCUCCUCGUGGCUCAAACCAGACUAAUAAACAUCAACAGUCUGAAUCACGAGCAUGAAGGGAUAUUUAACUACAGUAAAUGUCUAGAACUGACUUCUAUACUGGUAAGCAUAUCACUAGCGGCAUGCAGGUCCACAUGUUAAACAGUCAAAAUUGCAAACGUGAUGUCUCACCCGGCCCCCUUGGAGUUGCAAACUGAAAAGCUCAGCCUGAUAGAGGUUGGCAGCAGUUUGGUAGACAAUUGGCAGUUGUGCCUCAGGGUUCAUCAGCUCCUCCACCGUCUCCACUGCAUUGCCAAGACGAAUGGCUGUAUUGAUUGCUGUAACUGCUUCGAGUUCUGGUAAAGAAAAUGAUCACAAAUUGUUACGUCUCACAGAUAACCCAAAUAUAAUUUCACAAAGGCAUGUCAGUUAUGAAAUUGCAUAUCUUCCUUGCCUUACAAUUACAUGCUGAAAAUCCAUAUUAAAGAUGUAUCCACAACUGUAAUAGUGCACAGACCUUACAUGUGUACUUGUUACUGUGUACUAGAAGCUUGCUAGUGGGUACAUUUGUGAUUUUCAACUGACUAGUAAUUACUGUUAAUAAACAUCUAUGGUAAGUAACAAA